AUUCACAUACCUUCUCUUUCUUUUUCUUUCUUCACCCCUUUUAUACUCUAUCUAAUCCUCUCUUCACUCUUCUUACACAUCUCUUUCUCUCUAAUUUUUCUUUUUCCCUCUUUACGCAUUCUGUCUUUUUCUUUUACCCUCUAUAACUUUCUCUCGCGUUUUAUUCCCUCUUUCUUUCCUCUUUCCUCUACCUCUCUUGUUUCGCCUACACACUUUCAUCCCCACUUGGCUUGCUUUCGUAAGUGCGUCUCUCUCUCUUUUAAUCUUUCCCCUCUCUCUUUAUCUCUUCAUCUCCCUCUCCCUGUCCAGUAUUUAUAAAUAGCUGUGAGACAAUGGCUGAUGAUGUCAAGUUAUGUGUAAGUGUAAGCAGUAAACCACCGCCACCAUUAAACACAGUCGAGGCCUCCCUUGCCAGGCGACACCAUUCGCCUGCUCCUUCACACUGCUAUCAUUUGUCGAGAAUCCAGCAAGGUAACAGCGAGUUCAAACAACCUUUUACUGCCGCCGACCUAUCAACUCGGCAGUUCACAUCUCCAUUGAACAUUUCUAUUACCGAUUCUGACAACUGUGGAUCGAUCUCUCCAACUGGCACCAACAAUAUUGGUGACACCCAGGUUUUGGAUCCGGAUAAAAUAAUGAAGCGUGUUCUCAAUUCUAUCUUCAGAGAACUGAAGUCUUGUUCUUUAAGUAAUUUGGAAUAUUUCCGGAAUGGCAAACAGAGCUAUCAUGCACGACUUCAAGUGGCUUUUUCAUUACUCUGCGAACACAUCAAUAAAGGGAUCGAACCACAGCUUGGUAUACUUCUACCUCACUUGGCCAGCUAUGAUAUCUCACCUGAAAUUCCUGCAAAUGGUUACCGAAGUUUACUCAUGAUUAUACAGAAAUGUUGUCUCCACUUGUUGCAGCUGAGUCGAUAUAUCAUGAUAAACAGAAACUGUGUUCUCUUCCGUAUUGUCCAUUAUACAAGAGAACUAGAAUCUUACGUUACUGUUCUUGGACAGCUCCGUGCCUGUUUAUACUUCUCAUGUCAGCUGAUGAAUUAUUGUCCAAAAGAUUCCUUGUUCAUUGAUAAAGAUGUCCUCAAAGACCCUGUUGCCUUUAGACUUUUGAAAGAAUUUGAUUCUCUUAGUCAAGAUUGUUUUUAUGGACGUUGCCUUGGAUUCCAGUUCUGUGAAUCUAUGCGGAAGCCAUUAUUGUGUGUUGUUGUGGCAUUGGCUUCAUUCAGUGAAGGAUACAACGAAACGACUAAUUUUAUGAAGUUUGCAUACUCUGUACUGAGUACUGGGAAGUAUUUAUUGGAUCCAGAACUGAGAGCACGUCAGGUGGUCCACGUUGCAAGAAGUGCUGACAUUCAGUUCUGUAAAUCAUUCUGGUCCCUCCUUGAGACUGAUAUUUCUUCAGGCGUAACUGAUUUUGUUAGUUCUUGUAACAAAUCUGUUAUAAAUGUGGUUGCUUCAGCGGGUACUAAAGUUGUGGACAUUGGUUCCAAAGUGAUGAGUGCCUGUAUGUCGCGGAUGUCACUGCUGUCAGGCUUCAUACUUCAAGUAAACUCCGUUCUUAAAAUAGAACCAGUUCCUAUAGAGUUGCCAAAGACUGAUUCCAAGGGAAAGGAAACUCUAUGUAUUGAAGCACCAUCAAUCUACAGUGGCUUAACUAAUCUUCAGUUCCGUUUGUUGUCAUUUCAUCUCCUUCAAGGACAGGAAAAACUUUUAAAAGACCACCUAAUUAUCCGUCUACCAAGCAAAGCACAGCCACCAUCACCUAACCUACUCUUCCAUAUUCAUGGUGGAGGGUUUGUUGCUCAGUCUUCAAAGUCCCAUGAGGUUUACCUCCGUCAAUGGGCUCAUGACCUCAAAGUGCCAAUUGUGUCUGUAGAUUAUUCUCUGGCACCAGAAAACCCAUUUCCACGAGCUUUAGAAGAAUGUUUUUAUCUUUAUGCUUGGGUUUUGAAAAAUCCUGAACAAGUUGGUUGGACUGGAGAGAGAAUCUGCUUUACUGGUGACAGUGCUGGUGGAAAUCUGGUUUUGGCGGUGACACUGCGUGCCAUUGACUCUAAUAUUCGUAUCCCAGAUGGAAUCCUAACUGUAUACACAUCAGCACUAAUCAGUAUAGUUCCAUCCCCAUCUCGUCUACUUAGUGUUAUGGAUCCAUUGCUACCUGUUGGUGUCAUGCUCAAAUGUUUAGAUGCCUACAUUGGAACAAGUACUGUCUCUAGUGACUAUUGCAACCAACCAGUUCUGGAAGAAGACUGUGAAACUCCUUCAACAGAGAAAGAUGAUGAUUCUUUGGACAAUUCUAGAAAAAUCAAAGAGGUUAACAGUUACGAUUGUGAAACUUCUGAAUCUUUAUCUUCAGAUUUGACUGAAUUCUUUUCUCCUGAUGACAGUGAUGAUGAUGAUGAUGAUGAUGAUGGUGGUGGUGGUGGUGGUGGUGAUGAUCAAAAGACAAAUUCACAUCUCCCUAAACAGUAUUUACCUCAUGAUUCUUACUAUAUUCCCGGGGCUGACUUACCUCUUUCAUCUGCUUCAUCUCCUGGUCAUGUGCCUCAUCCUGAUGGUCAGCUACCCCGCAGCCUUUCUACUCCAGUAUUCAACAAAACUGAAAAUGUUCAUCUUCGACCCCCACAUCAUUCUUCCUUUGAUUCUUCUAAUGUACAAUCAGCCAUGGAACGGUUCCUCAAACUGACUCUCAUCCAAAAUCCUUUAGUCUCCCCUAUAUAUGCCACUGACAAACAGCUCCAAAUGUUCCCUGAGGUCAGCUUAGUGACAUGUCACCUUGAUCCCCUGCUUGAUGAUUCUGUGAUGUUGUGCAAGAGACUGAGACAACUUGGUAAAACUGCUGACUUCACGGUUCUGGACGAUCUCCCUCAUGGAUUCCUCAAUUUUGUCCUUGUCAGUAAAGACGCACGACAGGGUUCAAAUGUGUGUGUUGAAAAGUUGCGCAAAUUGUUUAAUCUCAUCUAAUCUGUUUUGAUUGGCUUGUUUGUUAAUACUGUAAAAAAAAAAAAAAUCAACUUAUAAUGGAUGAGGUGUGGGCAUGGAAA